AUUGAAAUCCAAGAUGGCGGCGCCCUAGUCAAACCGUGAUCUGAGGAAACAGGUCAUUUAUAGCGUUUUUAAUCGCUUUGUUCAGUGUUUUUUUUGACAUGGAUUACAGGAACGAGUUAAUCUCAAACACAAUACGGACAUAAAGUGUCGAUAAACAAAAAAGUAAGUACCUCCAAACCGAAAGCUUCUUUGAAAACAACCUCUGAUCAUGUCUGAUGAUCCGUCAGCAGACUGUCUUUACACAACAAGAACCGAGACAGAGGAAACAUCAAUUUACAAAUGCAACCCUGACAUGAUCAGGUUUGUUUGUCCGGGGCAAAAAAAGAUCCAGAUAUCUGUGAUUAUGUGAAUAGUCGGUGACUUGUAUCUGAUUUUUUCUAUUUAUUCAUUUCUCUUAAUGCUUAAACCCAAAAUCUGGAAACCUGAUUUAUGUUCGUUUACUUGUCAUCGAUCAAAUACAGUCUGAUAUAAAGUGUUAAAAAUGUCAGUUAAGUUACAGCUUUUUGACUUGGAAAUUAAAGGUCUACCUUACUGGAGAUGCAUUUUCUGCCAUCAUUUGAUUAAUCAUGUCUGUAAAUCCUUUACCCUUCACAUUUGUCAUUUGAACAUUAGGACCAUGCAGGCACUCAAAAUCAUUUCUCUGUCCCUCCACAGUGCAGAUUUUGCUUUAAUACCUAGCACAGGAACACUCAAAGCUCAUCCACAAGGUUAUGAUAUUCAAAAUCACUGACACCAAAAAGUACAAAAGAUAACUUUAGGAUUUUUUCUUGAAGAAAACUUGGAAACAUUUCUUGCUAAAUCCCUUUAAAGGGGUGACAAACAUGCAAUUAUCUCUUAUCAAAUGCAUCUACACAUUGAAAAUUCUGCAUUGAAAGGGGGAAAUUCAACAGACCCAUCAUUUUAGCAAGUUUACCAAUCAUCAAAGAAAUUCUCUGUUUUUGGAACAAUACCAGAGCCGUGGUUCACAGCCUCAGAUUGUCAGAUGACGUGUGUCAUUCCACUGCAUAAGUUUUUUAGUGACUGUUUCAGAAAAAACCUGGACAGAUGAGAUCUAUCACCAUAGAAACAUUUUCUCUAUCUCUCUUGUCGGCCCACUCACUUCCACCUUUAUAGAUGCACACAACCUUGAGUGCUUGGCUCUCCCAGCCUCAGCCCGAGGGAGGAGCGUUGGCUGCUGUGAUGCUUAGGUUAUACUUGAGAGAACUUCAUGAAAUAAUACGUUCCUACAAGCAUGUGGGUGGAGAAAGAGGUCAAAAGAGGAAAGGGAUGUUUGUGCUUUUUCUGUACUCAUGUAGAAGGAAAUCUUGAAGCUGUCACAAAAAGAUCUGUCAAACCAAGUUGUUUAAUGAUCCAGACUGGUUGUGCUUUCUGUAACAGAUGUUAAGACUUAAAUCUAGCUUUGGUGCAACAGUCUUUCAUUCAGAAACUUUCAUUUUCCUAAAGUCAGGGCUUGAAAAAGUGUGACAUAGUUGGAAAAAAAAUAGAUGAUGCAUCUUUUAACUUUACCAACCUGUACUGAAUUAACCAUUUCGAUGAGGUCUCUGCAACUUCAGAUAGAAAAAUCAUACAUCUCCAUUCACCUUAUUUACAUCUCCAUCUCUGCUUGGUGAUGUCAGAGAAUGCAAAUGAGUACUUCCUCCACUCAGCAGCAUCAAAGGUGUCCCUGUUUCAGAUGGCGAUGCGUCACUGCUGUGAAAAUAUUCACUUGACAGGUCAACUUGUUUGCAGUUGUUCUCUGGUGAGGAAGCACAAACUGUGAGAAUAUUUCUGGUUACCUUGGAAACUGUGUUUAUAUACUUGUGUGUGUGUGUGUGUGUGUGUGUUACGCGCCUUGCUUUGAGGACAAAUUUAGGUCAAAUUUCUUUUUUCCCUCAGCUGACUGGUCGACCUAGAUUCAGUCACAGUUAAGUUGGUUCAUGCAAAUUAAGGUGUGAGUUGUAAUUUUUCAAAGUAGCCAAAGAUAGAUGAUUAAAGGCAUAUGUACUGGACUAGUUCCUUGUUAUUUAUCAAAUUCUUUAACUAAAUAAUCCAGUUUUUGGCUCUGCCAUGAUGCAGUAUUGUGACCCUCUGACUGCAGAUGAUGGAUAAAACAUGAGAGAGGUUUUCUGGAUGCUUAAGUGUCCAUCAGGGUGAUGUUGGAGUGAUUAUCUGCAGGGAAAUGAGGACUCAGUGAAACACUGUAACAGCUGAUUGAAAAUGUCCUUCUCACAUCACAUCACGCUGAAUAAACUUAUUUCACAAAUUCACGCAUGGUGCAAAGAACACAGACUGUGAAACAGCAGUGUGAGGAGAGGAGCUGCAGAGCCGAGCUGUCAAUCAUUCUGUCACACCGCGUGGACUAGGAGAGCGAUCUGUGCUGACUGUAAGUGUUGAAGGAGAGAGCAGUCCUCUGUUGCACGCAAAGACAAAGUGUUUGGCCGAUAAUCAUCCUGUGCGGUGAAAUUACGAUUGAAAUGAGCUUUUCCAUUCGUACCAUGUAGUGUGACCACAUUUGCACUUAAGCUGCAUCUAUAGACUUUUUGCAGUGUCACAACACGCUGUUAGGAGCACAAGGAAAAACUCAGGAGUUUGGAUAAAUGGAUACUUUGAAUUUUAAUUAAAUAUUGACACAGGGAGAUUUUUAAAGAGCUUUCCAGUGUAACUUAUGGGUUCAUCAUAGCUCAUUGCUUUGAAAAGCAGUUAAGUGAUGCAACCAGCAAAUGCUUAAAUUAUAAUUAAAUACAACUUAUUUCACUCAUCAAUCUACUUUGUAUGUUUUACCAUCACUCUUUUGGUCUUUUAAUUGAUAAAAAUGCUAACAAAAAAUGAAAUAGAUCUUUUUAAUCAAAGAGAGUUGUCUAGUCAUUAUUUUGGAGCAAAAUCCAAUUAAUAGUAAUUGAAAUAAUAAUAGAAAAAGGAGUAAUGCAUCGCAAAUUGCUAUUUUGCUCUCUGCUUCUUCCACUUCACAAUACUUCCAUACAGUCAACAUUAUUGAGGCUUGUUGUUGUGGGCGCUCAAGCUGUCACUGUGUGCAUAAUUAAUGCAUCACCUUAAUGUUGAUACUGAUAAUUGAUUUUUUUCAAGCUUUCAUAUCUAUACUGUAAUUAUUCUGAUAAUAUUGUCUAUCCAGAAGAAUUAACCAUCCGACAGCUAAUCAACUGUGGUUGUCCCUGUUGUAGGUGAAGAACCAUGCUGGUUUCAUUGAGGAGGUUGGCUCUGUGUCCGCUGGGUGUUGCCCGGCUGGUUCAUAUCAGGGGUACUCUCCUGAGCCCAGCACCCUGUCUGCUGUCCCCUUGCAUCCGCACCCUGUUUAGUGAGUCUGGCGUCUGGGAGAAAGACUACCGGACAGAGACCCGGCGCAAAGUGGAGGAAUGGUGGCACCCACGAAUAACAGCACAGUGGAGGAAGGACUCGCAGGAAGAGGUACAGGUUUGAUGAUACUUUACACACCAGCAUGACUGGGUUUUGUCUUUCUUUAUUUAUGUGGAUUAUCCAGGUUAUGCAUUCAUGUACUGUAUGUAUGAACAUCACACUUUUUUCAACACCACAAUCAGCAUUUAUCUUGACCUUUAAGUAACUGAGUCUAAUAUUCAACUGAAAUUAACACAAUUUAUUUAUAUAUAGCUGAAAAUGGAAACUCCUCAGGCUUAAAAUGAGAACCAGAUUGCAUUUAAUUAAAAACAGAGGUCCAAAAUAUUACAAUAAUGAAAUUUGAGUAAAAUUUGAGAAAUUAUCAUUAGAUGCAAAACAGCUCAAGUUUGUAUCGUUUAUACACAGUGACUCAAUUGGAUGUCAGAAAGAUGGAAAAUGCACUAAUGAAUUUCUAAAUCUCAAGAGCCAAUCUUAUUGUACCGAAACAAAUGUUUCCAUUAAAAAGGAUUCUUUUCACACCGAUUUGAAAUCCCUUUUUGAUAGCUCUUGUAGCUAAAAGGAUUGAUUUUUGUUUGACUUGCAUGCUACUGUGAUCUUUAAAUGUGACCCUGACAUGAAGAUGAAUCAGCUGAAUGCAGGAGGAGCAAUAAGAGAGACUGUGAUGAUCACAGAACAAAGGAUCAAAACAACCAAGCUGCCAUGUAAACAGUGUGUACCAACUCUAAUUAAAACUAGGCUAAAACUUAAAACCUGGGCCCAGUUAAAGUAAUCGAUACAAUAAGAAUGUGUUCUGGUCAGGGUGUCCGCUGGGUCUUAGAAAGUAUUGUAGUGCAGGGACUGUUAGUGUUUUGUGUUCUUGUUUCUGUAUUGCAUCAGGACAUCAGAAACACUGUUUGUGUUUCCUGGAUACUGGAAUUAUGUUAUAACACCACCUUCUCUUCGGGGUCAUUGUUGUACUCUGCCUGUUGAAGUGAUCACUCGCCUGCUCCGGUGUGGACUUAAUAAGUUCAUCAUCACUGGGUUCAGAGCGUUCCACAGAGUGUGUAACCAGUAUUUUAUUAUAAGUUUGCAUCUCCAAAGUAAACGAAGAUAAAACCUGAAUCCUUUGUCCAAGAAAUCCUUCUUCCUGCAAAUGAAAAUGCUUGACUCUUCUGGUCUUUUCUUUGUUUUUUCUGGUUGCACCAUUCUGGGUACUGAUCGGAUACUCAUCGGGCACUGACAACCCCCGCCAAGCAGUCUACAGCCCAAAAAAUCCACCAUAGUUUAUUAUUCUUUCGAGCUUUAUUCCUCCGCAGUUUACCUCAUUUCUACUACAACUGUAGAUGUGUUGCAAACAGCAGCUUUAAGUGGGGAUGAGGUCUUACAAUUUCUCGAAAGGUCUUUAAAAGGUAUUGAAAUUAACCUCAGGAUUCCUGCAUAUACCCUGUUGAUGCACAUGUUGUCCAGAUUUGGUUUUCUUUUAAAACUUGGCAUCUUGUAAAGGUAGAUCCAGUCCAGUUUGUCUGGAUUCCUUGAAAACUGGUCGAAAAAGCAGCUCGAUGACCUGACUUGAAGUAGAUCUGCAAAUCAGGACCAUCCUUUUUCAGAUUAAAUCUUUUUAAUCCAGAUUAGGUCUUCAGAAGUGUUGGGCUGAUAAUCUUUUCCUUCCUUUGACAUUAGUCACCCUUGCUCCGUAUGCAUGGACACAUUGUUGUAAGUGUGCAUUAGAAAUCCCUUUAGCCUCGACUUUCAGAUUAAAUCAUUAUUAGGUCAUUUAACGUCCCUUCACAUGAUCAGCAGCUAUAACUGUCUCCGGCUGCAGCUCGUCUCUGAUAUGCAGCUGCGGCUGGUUUUAUCUCCUAAUGGUCUGGGAUAGGCAGACAGUGAUGGAGUGCAUUCAUGGCAGCCCUGUUCUUAAUUAAUUUACUGAAAAAUUCAUGACUCAGGUUUCCUGUCGUCAUGUAUGGCUGGGGUGUAACCACCAGUACUCACUUCUGUCGCCAUGGUAACUGCAUUGUGACUGUAAACCAUUCAUAAUCAGACUCUGACACUAUAAUCAGACCCUGUUAGCCUGAGUGAAGAGUUAUUAUUCCCGUCUAACCUCAUCAGGAUAAUGCAGAGUGUUUUAGUCAAAGCUCAUUCAAAAGCCAGACUGAUGAUGGCGGAAAGAGCCCCUGCAUUGUUAUUGUACUCUCCUAAGAUUAAAGUUUUAUGAUCUUUUCCACACCAAAUUAGUCCCCCCCCUUCAUAGCUUUGUGCUUUGUUUUGUCUGUCAUUCCAUCCAGGGUUCCGACAGGAAGAAGUUUUAUGUGCUCUCCAUGUUUCCAUAUCCAUCAGGUCGGCUGCACAUGGGCCAUGUGCGAGUUUAUACCAUCAGUGACACUAUCGGGCACUUCCAGAGAAUGAGAGGCCAUCGGGUAUGUCUGCUUUGAUUUAUUUAUUUAUUUAUUUUAAAAUAAUAAUGGUAAUUAUUAUUGUUAUCAUUAUGAUUUUUAUUAUUAUUAGUAGUAGUGGUAGUAAAAGUAGUUGUAGUUGUAGAAGUAUUUUUCUUUUGACAUUUUCUUACAAUCUAUUCUCACUUCAUGAAGCAAGGUCAGUACUCGAAUGUAUCUAACAUAAGCCUAGAAAGCUUUUAUUUUGACUGAAGUUUUUAGAAAAGAAAGAAAACCGGCUCGAGGCCAUUUCUUUUGAAGACAUUAUGAAAGAAAAUGGUGUUAAUAAAAAAGAAAAAUCAAGGAUGGUUGAAUUUCACUUAGCUGCUGCAGACUGUGAAUCUCGUCUAGCACUCCUGGCUCAGUGUCUUGGCAUACUGGAGCUCUUUGCAAGCAUGUACUACAACCUGGAAAUGUCUCUGACAUUACCCAGGCAAGCUGCAAGUGAGAGCUUUUUCUGUCGGCCCCAUUGUCAGAGAUUGUCAGUUAAUUUGAUUUGAUUUGUGAUAAUUUGCCAGGCUGAUGAUGUUUUUAUCUUAACAUAAGUUUUGGCACUUUAUAUUUUCUCCCUUGUGCCUCAGCUGCAAAAAUUGUUAUCAAGUCCCCCUGAUACACCUAAAAUUUCUCUGGAGUCCCUGUUGCUUAGACACAAAGUUCAUGUGCUGAAGUGCUUCAAAGAACCAUACGCUGUAGUUACACAUGCACAAAACUUCUCAACUUUGGCCACAUAUGUCAGUGCAGAAAAGCCUUUAUUCAGCCUUUUCCUGUGAAUAUCUGUGAGAAGUUUGGGUCAGCUGAUGUGAAGACACAACAGGAAAUAUUUGGGAAAAGUCAGUGUUAGUGAGCAAGUGAAAAUCAUGUGACAGGAUAAAUAAAGACAUGAGGCUGAAGAAAGAGAAUAAUUUUCAAAGUCAGAGCAGUUAAGAUGUCCUAAAGGGAAAACUUCUCCUCCUGGGAGGUACAUGUGUGAAAGAGCAAUCUAAGAAAAUAUCACGGGCAGAAAUCCCUAAUUUUCACAUAUAUACUAAAAAAAGUGCUGUUGGAAGUUUUUAACUACACCAGCUAAGACAAACAUCACAUAUGACAAACUCAAGCUCUCUAACAUUGCAGAUAUUUUUCACUUGUGUUUGUACUUUGGAAAUGUGAAUGUUGUAUUAAUAUAUAUGAUGAAAAACACCAUGCCUAACCCAGGAACCCUCGAUCCUCCAUCCUGGCGUGGUUUCUAGUUAGUUAUCUGAAAGUCUUUAUGGGGCUAUACUGUCCUGUUUUUCUUCAGAUGUGGUGUAGUGAAGCAUUUUGACUUUUUAUGCAAAGGAACAGGAUUGUAUUAAGUUUACAUUUAAAAUUAUGGCCCUGUCUGUGGAAUAGCCUGCGAGAAGACCUGAGGGCCACAGAGCAUAUUCAAUAAAACCAGCCGCAGCUCAUUUUACUUGCUAUGUUUAUUCUUUUUAUUUACUUAUUUUGAAAUGAUAUUUGAGCUAUUUAUUAGUAUUUUAUAAUUUUAUUUAUUCAUUUGAUUUGAUGUUCUUAGCCAAUGUAGUUUAUGUUUUUAUUGCAUUUCUCCAGUGUUUCCUCUGUGGAGGCCACCUGCACUGGGGGCUGUGACUGGCUCUGUCUGGGAUUUUUCUGCCUCGCUGGUGGUGGUCUGCAGCAGUGCUUGCUGCUGUGGGCCCCAUACUGGCCUGUAACAAGGUGCACGCCCAAGUGGAGGUGUCCGGGCCCUGGGCCGUGAGCAGCCUCCAGUGCAGUCGGCCUCCUGGCGUUUCCUGACCUGGCUACUCUGUACUCAGCCACACGCUUUUAAAAUUGCGUUAUCAGUGUGUGUGUGUGUGUGUGUAUGUGUGUAUGUGUGUAUGUGCUGGGGCGGGGGGUGGGGGGUUGGAGACUGUUUCAAACAUGUAAAGCACUUAGUGCUGCAUUUCCUCUUGUGUGCAAAGUGCUUAGAAAAACCGUGAUGUCUAUUCAGUGGUUUUCAGAUUGUUUUUUGAAGACAGAUUAAUCAUCAGUGUUGAAGCAGUGAUUCAGUCUUUGCCGUUUAUCUUGAGCCUUUUGUCUUUGAAGAACCUUUUUUAUGUAAUAGUGACUGUUAGAUUUAUGUUCUUUGGAUAAUGUUUUUUUGUGUGUGUGUUUAACAUUACCAUACCACCAGUCUCUAUUGUCUUUCAAAACAAUGACAGAGUUUACUGUAACCUUGAAUUUUAAUAAUAUUGCACGAUUGUUUUCGCAGCCUUCAUUUUUGUGGGUUGUCUUUUCGUAAACACAUUUAUAAUUUGCUGACCUUAUUAUUUAGCUUGUUAUACUUUAAUACUGUUUGAUGAAACAGGUAAAAACGCUGACUUUGUUGUGCUUGAUGAGCUUCUAGCCACUCAUUUAUUUUGUCACCUUGGACUUUUCCAGCUUUUUAUGCCACUGUAGACUUCUUCAGAUGUAAAUGUGGCUGUGUCUGUCCAUGUCUCCUUCUUUGUCUAGUUUUUGUCCUCAUAUUAUUUCCUUCUGUCUUUACCUUGGUAAGAUCUUUUUUCUUGUCUUCAGAGAUUUUACGUAUGUUAUUGUUGAUUCUUUCACCUGUGGAGAGAAUCUUGUCUGCUUCUGUCUAGUUUUUCCCCGGACAGAAAAACAGUUUCACCUGACUGACAAUGAUUCUCUGCCCAGGAGUUUAUGUUCUCAAAGCAUCUGUCAGAAAGCAAAUGUGGUUCCACUGAGUGCACUGAGUCCAGCUUAUUCACUAGUUAAUUAAAAACAUUCACUCUGUGGGUUGCCAUAUACUUACGCUAAUUUCCUGGAUUUUAAAGUGUGUUUUUAUAUCUCAUUCUUAACCUCUAUAUUCAGUUAAAUACACCCACAUACUCCUGUCUGUUGUCUUGUAUAAAUACAUUGUGACCAAAAACUAAACAACAUGUUCAUUUUAAAGCUUCUCAUGUGUUCAUUGGCAAUAUUCAAAUUUCUGUUUUUAAUUAAUGCAGAAAAUUAAAGCGGUUCUAUCUUCCCUUACUUGACAGCUCAGACUCUGUAUCACGAAGUAUAAGGUAGAUAUCAGGUGACUUUUGAUAUUUGUUAAAAAAAAAAAGGACAGCUCCAAAAAAUCUAAUUGUUGUAAAUAAGUAAUGUUGUUAUAAGAGCACCUAUUACAAGCCCUAAGUUAAAAUCACUGUUUCUUUCAUAUGAGUAAACGGACAAAAAGCUGAUUAGAUAGAAUGAAGACAACAACAACAACAAAAGAUAUCAUGAACGUAAUUAUUUGGAAGGAUUUGUAAAAGAAGCCAAAUGAACCCUUUAGUCUACUUAGAUGAAGUUCAGAAACUCUGUAUGUACUUGUUUCUCAUUUUUGAUGAGAAAAUCAAAGAGGAUAUUGACCUGCACAGAGGUGCAUAUUUGAAAAGAAAGCUCCAUCUCUUGUGUCUGUAACGUAAAAAUGAAGCCAAGGAAUGGCUGAGAUGGGGAUUUAAGUUUGAGACCUGGAGUCACACACAACUUGUGCACAAUCUUUUCAUUUUGUAUUUUUUGCUCAUUAGCAUGAUACAUAAGCCCCUGCCUCUGUUGUACAAGCAGCCACACCACUCAGGCCUUAUUUUUUUUGCCGCCCCUCAUAUGCAUGAGCACCUGGAAAACUGUGUUGCCUGUAUUGCAACAGCUGUUUGUUUUAGGGAAACCUGAACUUGCCCGAAGACCAUUGUGUCAUCUGUCAGGGUUUAGUUUAAACCAAUUAGCUUGAUUAAAAAUAAAACAGACCGAGCUGCUGUGGCAUCUCAGCGCUGCCACAGAUAAAGAGAAGCUCGUUGCUGGGACUGUGUGGGUGGACACUUGCAUUGCCAUGGUCUCACAUUCACAAAAAUCUCUGCCUCCAGACUCUGGUGUCCAUCAUGUUGUGUUCACGAGGAGCCUGCAGCUACUGAUUGACGUAUCUGUCAUGGGUUGGCACGGACUUGCUCCGCAUUACAGUGGACAGAUUGUCAUAAAAUGUUCCCACACUGACUCCCACGUCCAUCUCCCUCUGCCUGUUGUCACUCAUGCUCUGAAAUGUGCCAUCAGUCACUGUGGUAACAGGUUGGUAAAGAGCAGGGCUAUCACUGACGUUCAAAGCUAUUUAUGGUAAAAAGAUAAUUUCCCUCUGCUGCUCUCUAAACUUUGAGAAAUUAGUUCAGUAAUACAGCCUGCCUGCCUCAGCCUCUCUCUGUCACAUACCCUCAUGUCUGUCUCACUAAAGCGGAGUAUUGAUGCCACACAAACAGAGUAGUACCACCUCUAUCUUAAUCAAGUGCAUCUUUCCCCCUCUUUUUACUGACUCGAUCGUUUGCUUGUACCUGUAUUCCUCCUGAGCUGUCAGAGUAGUCUGCUGUGCUAAACACUCGUGGCUCAAUACCAACCAGCACUGGGCUUUUUCAAAUGAGGCCGAUGCAGUUACCAAGGAUACCAAAUUGUCUGAAACAUCAGCCCCGUUAGAGUCCAUGGAUGAUCCUCUCCAGUCCUCGACUCCUUGUCUCCUUGCUUCCCCUCUACUUUACUCCCGCCUUCCAUUCCUGUGCUUUCAUGUUGUUCUUUUCUCUCAGAGAGCAGAAAAACACAGACAGGGAGACCUGUCACUAUGACAAUGAGAUGGCAUUAUUUCAAGUCAAAGGAGUUUUUUUUUAUUUUUAUUUUUUAAUCGAUUACGUGUAGUAGGGGGUCCCGACCAGCUUGGACCCAGAGUCCCAGUUACAGUAGUGAGGCUCUCAACUGCUACAGACGGGUCAUCCCGAUCAUAUCAUGAAUUCAGCUCAAUUUGAUAAACUUCUACCAAAGCACUGUUAUCAGUUAAGGUGAAUGCACAUCUAAGAACAUCCUGUGCUUUACUUUCAUGUCAGAAAAAAACACUAAUUUUCACAUGAUUCCUCAACACACUGAUCAGUUAGACUGGUGUAUGAGUCACUGGUAUAAUGUGGAUUUGUGAUAGUUUUGCUUCUCAGCAGACGCAGUAAUGGCUGAAGAGUUUAUUUCAGCUCAGUCUUCUCCAUCAACCGCUAACAGCUCAUUUCAAGGAGGUACACAUCUUGCACAGGGUUGUGCAAUAAAAAAGCUCUGAGAGCAGAACACUAACUUCAAAGACACACUUGGGCUUUUCUGGUUUCCCUAUUUAACUUCUCAGUACUGAAGAAAAGUCUGUAAAAAAAACAGGGCAGGGAACUCUGGCUGAUCACACCAGUUUGACAGAUCCAAACUAGUGUCGUACAUAACUGGUUGGUUUGAUUUAUAAAGGUCCUGACCAUAGACUGUAUAUGCUAUGGACAACUUGGUUCCACCUUCCGCCAUCAUACGGAUUUGAAGACGAAAAGCUCUCCAUAAUGCUGCAUUUUUUUCUCCACUUCCUGAAACCAACAUUGCGCAGUAGCAUUGUACACAUUCGGCGGGAGAGUUGCCGUGAGUUGCUGUGAUGACGCUGGGCUCAAACAGCGUAUUCUUACGCGAUCUUUGAACGCCCAUAGGCUGUAUCAAGUGUCAGUCACAGAAAACAUGAACCCCCUGAUAACUUUUAAAAACGGAGCUGUACAGAAAAAAAAGAGGACUUGAGCACAAACCAGUCUUACAAUAAAUACAUGUCAACAUUGCAAGUAAGGGGAAAAAAAAUGUAUGUUCUGUAAUAAAUUUCUAAAGUUUGUCCACAGCCCCAUAAGUUUUGCUGGAGGAGGAGGGAUUUAUGACCUAUACUGCAGCCCAUCAACAGAGGGUGCUGUUUUCGGAGUGGCUUCACCCAGCGAGGAAGCAGACUCUGUCCAUUCUAUAUACAGUCUAUGGUCCUGACUCACUGUUGUUACAAAGAAAAUUUAUAGUUAUCUUUAGAUUCACAAAAGAUGUAUGUUAAAAGUCAGUAUUAAAUGCAUUAACUAAAGGAAAUGUGCUCAACUCAAACAUCAGUGCUGCCUCUGACAGGACAGUUUUCUUCACGAAGCUCUUACAUACUGUUGGUUUUAAGCAUAGACUGUUGGACAUUUACACCCAGUUAUGCUUUAUCUGGAAAAGUGACAAAGUUGCAUUGCUGGUCAAAGCCUCUGAUCUGAUCCACCCCAAAUGUAAUAGACGCAUAAAUGAGGGGAGACUGUGGCUGUGUGUAACUGCAGAGCCAGCAGGGCAGCACUAUGUGUGUGUGUGCACGCCUUAAUGUUUGUUUAAAUGGUGCUCUGUUGUGUGUCUGCAUGCUGUGGCUUACGCACUUCUGCAACAUCAUAAUGGGAUAGAAAAUCAAACACUGGUACAUUGAAGUCAUUGUGGGAUCUGUGAUUCAUAUCAGACUUGCAGGUGUGCAGCUGUCACAUCCUGAGUGUCCACUCAAAAGUUUACCUCACUUUCUAGUUCUUUUAAGUUAUAUAAAAGCUGCACUUGAGAGAAUUGUUUGGUUUGAUGUACAGACAGAUUUGUGUUAUGGAGUUGAGAUAGCUGCAGGGGAAAACACAUUACUUUACAAGGGUCAGAAUGUGCCACAGUUUCUGAGGAAGCUGGUGAUUUUACACCGAAUAAAUUAGCUCCUAAAGUGAAGCAUUUUAUUUUUCUUUUUUGCUGCUGUUUCUAUUUGCAUAAAUCCUUGUGAUGCAUACAGUAUGCUAAUACGGAACACAGAAAGAAGAUAAUCAUUCUCUGUAUUCUUUUAAGACCCCUGUAUUAACAUGGAAGUUUAACUAAUUCUUCUACAUUAUCUCUUUGGCUAUUCGACUGAAACUGUUGAUAUUAAAGGGAUUAUGUGAUGCACAUUUAUCCUGAAUGAAUUAUCAUAUGAAGUUGAAGGAAUCUGGUUGCUGAGUUAUUUACAGAUUAAAGUUGAUAUGAAGGGGUGCUUAUGACCUGGGGGGUUUAAGCACACACCCUGUAUACAGAGGUUAUGCCUCAAGCAUACAGUCUGAGUUACAGUUCCAGCCUUUGACUCUGUCUCUGUCUCCCCAUUCAGGACUGUCUGAUUUGUUGGGCUUUGGGAUUUACAAUGAUUCAGAACAACAAAAGAAACAGAAAAGUAAAAGAUUCAUCACACUGUCGAAACCAAAAACAGCAUUCAGGCUUUCACUCAAGAUUUGACUCAUGAUUUGUGAGUCAAAGUGAUUCAACUCUUAAAUUUCACGGCUCAUACAGAUUUCCUUACUGCAAUCACAGGUGCUGAAUCCAAUGGGUUGGGAUGCUUUUGGUCUACCAGCAGAAAAUGCAGCCAUUGAGAGAGGCCUGGACCCAGGGGAGUGGACUAAAAGGUAUGUGGACUAUCACAUUGGCUUAUGUUAGGACCAUAUUUAUCCAUUGUUCACCCUAAUGCAGUUUCUCCUCCUUAGUAACAUCCAGUCCAUGCGGGAGCAACUGGACAGCCUGGGCCUUUGCUUUGACUGGGACCGCGUGAGUAGAAAAUCUGAAAACCAGACUGGGAGUUUGAAAGAUGAGCUCUCUGUUGUCGAGUUGAUGACCUGUUUGUGCUUAUUUGACAGGAGGUUACUACCUGUCUUCCAGACUACUACAGGUGGACACAGUAUCUGUUUAUCAAGCUCUUUGAAGCAGGACUGGCAUAUCAGAAAGAGGUAGGAAUAUCCUUUGAAUGAAAGAGGUGUGAAUAAAGUGCUUAUCCAGCUUUUCUUCUAAAAGGGGAAAUAUGCUUACUCUCGGUUUGAGGUCCCUGACAGUGACAGAAAUGAUUGAAGCAGCUCAGCCGUUACUCCUGGAAGAAAAAGACUGAAAUGAAAAAGACGAGGGCUCGGUUGAAGCUCUUUUGAUUAAGUUUAAUGAAAUGAGACGACCUUGAAUAAGCCUUUGGUCUGUCUAUUAAAUCCAACCUACUUCCUAAGCUCUGCUUUUUAAUUUUAAUUCUGAAUGUGUGUGUGCGUGUGCGUGUUAUCCAGGCUGUGGUGAACUGGGACCCUGUUGAUCAGACGGUACUGGCUGAUGAGCAGGUGGAUGAAAACGGUCGCUCCUGGAGGUCUGGCGCCCUGGUGGAGCAGAAGCUGCUCACACAAUGGUUCAUUAAGACCACAAACUACGCCAAGGUACAGGCUCUUUGGUGUGCAUGUUUGUGUGUGAGAGAGAGACCUGCAUCUUUUAUGUGUGUGCAGGUGCAAAGCAGUGUCGGACUGGCUGGCCAGCAGCUUAAUUCAUGCCAAAAUGAGCAGUGCACCCCUCUGAUAACAAUCAUGGCUGACACCUCAGCCACAGAAGCUGCAGCCCUGCCUCUCAGCUCCUGCAAUCAGACCCCCGGACGCCGUCAUUUGUUGCUCAGUGUCCACAGGGGAAGUGAUACCGGCAGAGUCAGGGUAAUACCACAAAGCGGCCUGGCUGACUGAUUAGAAGUCUGAACCUUUUCUGCACAGAGCACAGCGCAGGCCUGCUGCAGGGUGAAUUGAACCCCUCAGGACCUUUUUGAAUCAGCUACAGAAAAGACAGCUCAUGCAUUUAACAUCCAGCAUGUGCAUGUAGAUUGUUAGACGUGCAUGUGCACAUGCUGGAUUUGAGGCAGAAUUUGACAGAUUUUAGAAGAGUCCUCAACAGAAUUGCGAAAACUACAUUAUUCAAACCUGACGUUACACUUUUCUAAUCUGUGCUGAUUAAAAAUGUCUUUCUCAAGGGGAAAAACUAAAAAUAAUUUGAAGCAUUAAAUUUUAUGAAUUUGUAAAGACAUGCUCAGGACAAACCUGGAACACAAAGGAGCAUCCUUAAAUGUUUUUUUUUUUUUUUUUCACAAAGAUCAAAAUAUUAUCAAUGAUAUGUUAAACUAGAAAAGCACUCAGAGAGCGCAGACCUCUGCCAAGCAGCUCAUGUCCUCCCUUAUAUUGUGAUUCACACCAAAACUUUUACUGUUACGUGUCUUUUAUUAACUUUUAUUUGUGUUUAAACUGGUAUGUUCACUGUUCAUAAUGUUCCUAAAACAACAAAGCUCAUAUUAAUUACAUAAAUGCAUGAUUUAUUAUGCAAUAUUUGUAAGCGUACACUUCCUUGUAUCUUCAUUGGUUAUCUUUCAGCAUUGAAAAUUCCAACGACACCCUUAUUUUUGUGUGUUCUGGAUCACAGUAUCCGGAAUUUUGUCUGGAUCAGGAUCAACAUUUGACACCUCAUAAAACUCAUUGAGAUCCUUUUGUGUUAUUUUUUACUAAAGACUCUGGCCAUUUUUAUAGAGUUACAUGCAAAAAUUCCAAAAUUUGCCCUAUCUCACAAUGAUAAAGAAUCCUUCAAAAAAUUCCUGGAUCCAGAAGGCGAUCCAGAUCACCACCAAAAUGUAAUGGGAUCCUCCUGGGGCUGAGACGUACGUACCGUCAAUCCGUCGGUAACUUUCUCUGUAAAGUUGGUCACAGACAAACAAACAAACAAACAAACCAACCAACACUACCAAAAACAUUACCUCCUUGGCGGAGGUAAAAAAUCUUUUUCCUGACACAUGUGUUGGAAAGUUUUUGAACAGAUCAGAAUUGAUAGCUGUUAUUCCCUGUUGACAGAUAGAUUGAUUUCGUGAAACUUUCUAUUAAAACAGACAAUUUACCUUAUGACACCAGAGAGUUGUACAUUAUUCAAGUUACUUUCCCCAUGUUUUGAUUUUUGAAAUAAAAUUAAAAAAUCCUAACCUGCCUGAGAGGUGUGAGCUUGAUCCAAAAACUUCUCUGUGCUUUAAAUUAUUGAAGGCUGUAAUAAUGAUUUCUGUUGAAUGUGACAAAACCUGCAGACACACUGGUUUAAUUCAUUUGGCAAAUUUACCAGUUUAAUUAAAAUACAGGGGUCAUCCAGUUUUAGCAGUAGGGCUGAUGUCACCUGUACUUGUCAGAGGAAUGAGCGGAGGAGGAGGAAGCCGCCAACUAUGACAAUGUGUUCCUGCAUUUCUAAUUUUCUCUGACGAACAGAGAAGUGGGAAGGAGGGAAGGGAGAGGAAGGUGUUAGGGAACCGAAGUGAGAAAGACAGGCGGAGAGAAAGGAGGACCGUGUCAAAGCACAGCAUGCCAAAUAAAAAAGUGCUGCACAGUAAUUGGACUGUGAUUUCCUGCCUGCGCUCAUGUUUGAGCCCGUUAGACAACAUUAACUUCAGACAACAUUUACUCAGCAGCCAUCAGUUUAGCUGUCAGGUCGUUCCAGGCUGUUUCCUCAUGAAUCGUAACCAUAGUGUUUCCUUCAGGACACAGAUGACUGAAUAUUAUUACUAAGAUGGAUUUUUCCAGAGUGGGGCGACGAGGAUGCAAAAUGAUCAUGUGGCAUCAUGGCAGAGUUUUCAAUUUCAUGCAUAAUCACACUUGUUGCACUCAGGCACACGCGCUGCACUGACAUCUAAAUGAUUCACAGCUCUUUGUAUUAUCCAGCUGCUAUGUGAGCUGCUUUGAGUCUAUUUACUACCAUGAAUGUGACACUUGAAGGCUGAUGUUCUUGAACUUUCGAGAAAAAUGAGGAUCUUUGUUGUUUCUGCAUAAUGUAACAUAUUUGUCAGGAGUGUGCUUGGUGUCUCCUUCUUUCCCUCACUCUCACAUAAUCCUCGGUUAUUGCCAUACCAUGCUUGUUCUCUCAAUCUUUUCAUAGUUGCCAUGGAAACUCCUGUCCUUGCUGUACAUCUUUGAGUGUCAAACUGUUUUUUCAGUUCGGGAAAGUAAAAACAUUCACUGUCCCUCUCUCACAUCAUCAUUGGUUGCAGAUCUUUGCUUUCCUGCCUUUUUUUUUCUUUCUCAGACGGUCGUCACAUCUUUUGUUUGGUCGCCUCCCACCUUUGCUGACACAGAUUCUUGUUGGAUUUUCAUCUCUUUUCCUCCACUCUGUGGUAAAUCCAUAACUGACCUGCCCCUGCAAUAAUGCUUGUGAUGACUACAGCUUGUGUUAAUCGUUGUAUUGAUAUGACUGUGAUGAGGGGCUGCAUGCUGAGCAGCACAGUGAGGGGGGAUUCUGGGUAAUAGAGUGUGGCAGACUGAAAAGAAAAUGGAGAGUUGGAACAUCUUUGGCCUCCGCCCAGCUGUGGCGUUUUGGCCUGAGCCUUGUUGAUAUGCAUAGAUUCCUUUAAUCAUGCAGAAACAAUGAUGUGGAGUUCAUGUGUGUGUGUAUGGGAGUGUCCGUGUGUGUGUGUGUGCGUGUGUGUGUGUGUGCGUGUGUGUGUGCACUUUGUAGCCAAUUGCUUUGUGAUAUGAGGGGAAGUAGGGCGAAUGGAGGUCAGGAUUUUUGAAAAUCCCUCUUUGUCUCCAUAAUGUGACCUGCUUGGCUCUGCAGCUUUGUCAGAAUAAAUUGGCUCUGCUUUUGAAAGAGGCCACACUGAGUCUGACUCGAUUGCUUCAUCCCACAGUUCUGUAUACAGAAGGAGAACCUGUUGCCCCCUCAUGCAGAAAACUGUCUUUCUUUUCUGAUAAAGGGGAAAAUUAGCCCUCUCAAAACUUGCACAAAGAAGUAAAGUUAUGUUUUUGUUUCCGUCUCCUCCUUCAGCCUCUGCUGGAUGCUCUCCAAGAUUUGCCUGAGUGGUACGGGGUCAAAUCCAUGCAGGCAAACUGGAUUGGAGAGUGCACCGGCUGCUACUUUGAUUUCAAACUAAAGGUGAGCCUCAGCUUUCACCCCCUUUUCCCCCCUCUUUUUAUUCAUUCAUCACUCUUGCUAUUCUGCAAUCCCUCAACUUAUAUCUCCCUGUUGCUCUCCCUAUACGGUCUCUCGUUUUUCAUCUCUUUCUCCCCAGACACUGAUUGCUGGCUUAUUUUGGAUUCCCCAUUUAUUUGUAUAUUUCUGUAAAACUCAAGUACCCAAACAUAAAAGAUCUGCACUCUGUUGCUCCCAUUCAGUGCAGCGCAUUCAUAUGCAAGUGGCAAUUUACCAAAACAAAUGAUGUAACAGAUCAGUUUGUAUUGAGUCUUUUCAGAGUAAUAUUUACAGUUCUUCACUUGUCAAACCCAGCUGUCACGGGAAUCCCACUGAGAACCCCAUGAAAACCAUUUAAAAACAUUUCUCCAUAAAAAGAACCAGAAAAUGUGUUUUUAAUGUCAGUCUUUUAAUUGGAUAUGUCUUUACAUGUCCAGGGUAAAAAUAGUCAGACCACGCAGUGUGCUUUUGUGGGGUUUGUUUGGAUUUUAUUGUAUGUUAAUGACUGAAUAAACAGUUCAAGUUAAAACCAAGGUUCGCAGGUUAAUUGGAUGACUGCUUGUCUUAUGUUACAUCCUCACACAUAUUCAUUUAAUUAUUUCCCACAGGGGCUGAAACAGGUUUGAAUAUGUCUUCUUCUACAUGACAUGUACUAAUUACCCAAGAGCCCCCAACAUGAGCAUGUUGUCUAUGAAUAAUUACAGGAUUAAAGGUGCAGUAGCCUUCUCAUUUAUCAAAGAACUGCACAUGGUACAGUAACAAACAUCUCACCUUGCUUAGUGACUCUAUGCACAGACUAAAGAUGGUGCUAUCUAAAGAUUUUCCCUUUAUUUGUUGAUUGUUUACCAUCACCUGGUAGCUGAUCCUCCUCAAUUGUCCUGAAAAAGCAUAAUUUGAUGUAAGACUAGAAAGACAUAGCAGCUACAGUCUUGGUAUUUGCGCUGUGCUGCUGUAUGUCCAUGGCUCAAAAUUGGAUUUAAUGUCUUUCUGGCCAUUAAGCACACAAGUAACACCACACUGUUUUUAUUUAUUGCUACUUACCCACAUUUGAGUGUACAUACAACAGAGAAACAAGCACCAAUAAAAUGUAAGUUGUCGUUUCGGUAAAGUGGAGUGGAUAUAAAGUGGACUCAAAAGGAGGGGCUGUCUCAAGAAAUUAAACAAAAGUGAAUUAAUGCUCUUAUCGGUGCUAACACAAGCUAUUAUAACAUUGCUAACAAGCUGUUUGGUAUUUAUCAUUAGUGCUUUCAUUUCUAUAUGAGUUAUUUAUGUUAGUUAUGGAUGCAUUUGCUGAGCAGGACAGAUGCUGAAGGAAAAUCUUAAGCGUUUGGCAGCAAUAAGGACAAAUGAAGAUAUCACUGCGGUUGCCACAGUGUAGUCGGCAUUAAAUGUUGGUACAAUUAUGUACAUCAACAACUCUGAAUCACCUGAAACUCGGUGCCAAACAGUACCUGGAAAUCAUGACUUCCUACACUGUGACUUUAUCUAAAGAUUAAGGUGACCAAACGUCCCCGAUUUCCGGGGACAGUCCCCGAAUUGGAUGACAGGUCCCUGGCAAAAGCUGUCCCCGAAAAUGUCCCUGAUUUAAGCGUUUCAUGAAUGAGAGCAAAAAUGUUGCGUGUGGGCUCGAACAAUGGUUAUAACAGUAGCUGAAUGGGUAGGAAGCACAAGUAAACAGUCCUGAACAUCAAUUUUUACAGGGGGUUAUUACAAGGGGCGAGAUGUUGUCUGUGAUCACGCAGCCCAUGCGCACACUGAAUGUCUCUGGAUUUCAUUACAGAAAUCUGGUCACCUUACUAAAGGGGUGAAGCCAAGAUUGGCAUGACCUGACAUCUUAAACUUGAGUGACCUCCUCUUUCAGUUAACCAGAAUACACAUUCACUUACAGAGAACAGAACAUAGUUAUCUCAGGUCAGAAUAGUCCAAGGCGUAUUAGCUUCUUGAGUCAGUUUGAAGAGAGACUUAAAGUUAAAGAAAGUCCAAUGACUUGUACGAAAUCUCACUGUGUUUGAGCCUGCAGUUUGGGUCUGAAUGAGAUUCACAGCGAUUUGAAUGCAGAAAUACUCAGAAAUGCAAUUAUGCACUAAUUUUUCUCAUGAUAUGUCCUGUAGAAUCAGAAAAAUGCCAUAUGAACAUGUAAAAAACAAGAAAACAUGAUUUUCUUUGGAGUGGGUCUUUUAGGACCUGUACUGCAGCCUUUUUGAAGUCCUUUGGUUUCACUUUUGGAGCACUGUCAUGUUGUGCGUAACUACAAGUUUUGCGUCAAUCCAUCUUGUAGAUGUUUAGAUACGUCAGAAAAACACCUCUCAUGAUGUCUGGUGGUGCAAAAUAUAUGUGCUUUAAGUUUUAACUUGAUCAAUUGCUGUUAUGAGAUUAAUCAAGAAAGACUUUCUUCUUGUUUUUAUGUUACUGAUGAUGUGAUUGGGUCAGAACCGAUGUGCAUUAGUCAUUAUUAUUGAUGCCUCAGAGUGUUUAUCUACUUCAAUAAAGCACAAAAAAUCUAAACUGGUAAAAUGUUUCAUGCACAAAGUAUAUAUCAGAUUGAAAUGAACCAAUCUGCUGAAGAUGAGCUGCCAGCUUCUCCCCAUUAGCAAAGCUGUUUAUGUAGACAGUGACAGUUUCUUCUUUAAUCUCCCAGGUAAAUGGAGAGGAGACAGGGGAGACCCUGUCAGCCUACAGCCCCUCUCCAGAGACGGUGUUCGGAGCGGCUUUCCUGGCUAUCCUGCCCUCUCAUAGACUGCUGCGUGGGAGCAGCAAAGUUCGCUCUGCCCUGGAGAAGAACUUCCAUGCCAGCAGGGGUAAUCAUCCUCCAGGUCUCUUUGUCUGUGUUCAGAUUGUCUCUACAGAGUAUGGUUCCCUGCCUCCAGAGGACUAACCUGCAUUUCAAUAUUUUCUUAUCGUCAUUUUUUUUUUCAUUUAGCUAGCUCCUGUACACCUGCAUGCUGUCGGAACAUAAAAAAGCUCAAUGCGAAGGUUAUGAUCCUCUGUGCCAGAUGUGUUUCUAAGCUUUGGCAUAGCUUACGUAAAAAGAUAUAAAAAGUCAAUCCUUUUAUAUGUCAGUAACUCUGUAUUUUAUGGCAUUUCACACAGAUUCGUUCUGUAUUUUUCCACACUUAGUGCAGAUGCAUGUUUUUGAAUGUCAUGGUAUGGAUGUAGUCUGUUAGUGGUCUUAGUCUGUGCUGAUUGGGUUUCCCCUGAGGUUUUCUCAGCCUCACUGUUGAGUGAUUGCUGAUAAUGAGCCACCAGGGGAAGAAGCUCUGCCUCUCUAACACAGUCCCCCAUCCCCGCACUCUCUCUCCAGACUGCCUGUCAGAGGUCACCGCUCGAAACCUGUUCACCAGCAAGGAGGUUCCAGUGGUCAUUUCACACAAAGAGGCAUUCGAUGGCUAUCUGGAUACAGUAAUUGGUGAGAUUUUUGUGGGGGUGGAACUCACAUUCAUCUUUAGAUAGUAGCUGGUGAUGAUAACUACCAUUUAUGUGUCUCAAAGUGUGCACAAGAUAUAUUAGUGGAUAUAAUGCUGAAAAGGUCCUCCCCAUCACGUUUAGUGUUUGAAAAAUGGCCCCUGCAGUGUAUUUUUAAACCUUCAGUGCAUUUACGUGUUUGUCUCACAGUGAAGAGGAGGUAGAACCCUGGGGGCUGAUAAUGAUUAGUCUCAACACAACAUGCUUAACAUCACCGCAGGGUUUAGGUUUUUUUUCUCCCUCUAGAGAUCAGUCAUGCAUGUAUUUUUGCAAGUCCAUGUUUGUGUUUUUUCAUGUUACAUGUAUUUGCUGUGUAUUUCAGGUGUUCCAGACUGCAGCGAGGAGGAUCUGUCUGUGGCCAGAGCUCUGAACCUGACGUGGACCACGGUGCUGACAAGUGAUGAACAUGGGACACAGACUCUAAUCAACUCUGAUGAGGUUUGCACGGUUCUUAAUGACCCUGUACACUUAGUGACUCAGGUCUAGUGCAGCUUCUGUCUAAAAGAAUUUCGACACGUUUCUCACCUCUGUCCCCCUCUGCCUGCAGUUCUCAGGCCUCAGCAGACAGCAGGCAUUUCACUCCAUUACACAGAAGGCCAGAGAGCAGAAGGUUGGAGGACACCUCACCAGCUCUAAGCUCAGGGACUGGUUGAUAUCCAGGCAGCGGUACUGGGGAACGCCCAUCCCUGUGGUGCAUUGUGGGUCAUGUGGUCCAGUCGCUGUCCCUGAGGAGGAGUUGCCUGUCACGUUACCAAAGCUGCCGUCUCUCACAGGGAAAGGUGCAUCGCCGCUGGCGUCCGCCCAGGACUGGAUCAACUGUGAAUGUCCGAGGUUAGAAGACUAAGAUGUGUUUCAUUUUUUUUACUCAGGUUCGAAUGUCAUACGCAAAUUGAUUCUUCGGUAUUAAAUGAAAUGCAGAAACACUCAAAUGACGCUCAUCAAACUUACAGAUGACUCAUUCGUCUGCAAGCUGAUGCAACGCAGUCCAACUCUCCUCACUUGUCUGUUACUGUUAAUGACUGGUUUGAAGCUACACAUAAUGAAUAAAGAAGCAGCUACAUGAUGUAAUGCAAUCAUUUUCUAUAAGUGAACUAAGAAAUAGCACUGGGGAGUAUAAGAAGAGAUUUGAUAUACUGGCACCUCAAGGUCAGAGCUCUUUGGACCAUCUUGUGAUGCCUACUUUAUUAAAGAAACACUUUUUUCAAUCAGAACUUUGAACUUUAAAAGAGCAGCUGAGCAAGAGUUUACUUUCUUUUUAGGUAAAUCAAACUGAAUCAGGAAUAAAGCUUUUCAAAGAUUUUCCAUUGAAAGUUUGUUUAAAUCCAGAGACACAUUUUGACCUCGAGAUCUUACAAACAUGAAGAAUGUGACCCCUUUUCUCAUAAAACAUCCAUGCCUACAAGCUUUCGACUUUCAUUUACUGCCUCUUUUAGCUCAAUAGUGUGUCAAUAGACGUGUUACCUCAGCUCGUCACCUGUUGCUUACAUGUGCAGCUGCAUUAAUAGUUCAAGAAAACUCAAACAAAACAAAAUCUAUCGUGUUCAAUAGCUGACACACACCCAACAGGUAAAUCAGAAGGUAAAAUCACUCACAUCUCCAUACUGGUAGAAAGAAAAAUAGCAUUAGCACAUCAAAGAUAGUCCAGUUUCAUCCAGACAUUCUGAUGAUUAGAAUUGUGAGCUAUAAACAGCUAUUCUAGGCACCAAACAAGCCUCCACCGAUGCUACAGCAGCAGGUGGAUCAUUAACCCUGUUCAGCUGCGUGAUGUUGUAAAUAGGAUGCUAAAAGAGUGGAGGAUGUGCCAUUCCUCUUUUCACACGGCAGAAGCGAUCAGGGAAAUGAUCCUGUCCAUUAUGGUCUAAGUGGAGAAUUGAAUUAUGCUGAAAACCCACUCUAGUGACUCCCUCUCUUCAGCACUUCCUGUUUGUCCUCAGGAGACCAGUGCCAGCAAAAUGAGCGGAGGGACUGACAGGUUUACAGGAAGAAUGAGCAAUGGGGGUGAGCCUGUGAAUUGUGUGAUUAGUACUCUGGUCCUGUUGUGGUUACAUAAUAAGUAGAAUCGGUGACAGGUACAGCAUGAGAUUGUGAUGAUAGAGGUUAUGUAAGCGGUACCAUGCACACAUUUACAGGUUCAAAACAAGCAAAACAAACUCAUUUCAGUGAGUUGUCUGUGUGUAUUUGAGCCAUGGACUGUUUAAAACAUAGACACUAUGACAGUUCCUCAAAGGUGGAGGCAAAACAUCCAGAGUUCCUCCUACUGACUGGCUGAAGACACAAAACCGCCUCCAUGUUAACCCAUUAAGACCUGAACCCUGUCUGAGACACGCUUCUGAAAUCCUGAGGGCAGUUUUAAUAAGGGCUUCCAGAUCCUGAGUUUAUCUUAAGUGUUGAGGUUUACAAAAAAAGCAGAUAUCUCUGCCUCUGUAGCUGAUAGAAACAAAAUUCAAAAGGUAUUUGAGAGAUUACACAUGUGGCUUUCAAUAUAACUACCUUUUAUUUUUCUGAAACUUCAUUUUUGAAAAUCUUGAACAAAAAACUCAAACAGGUGGCAGUCAUGAUAAAGUGUCUAUUCAAUACAAAUGGUAAUAUAAAAAUAAGGUGUUUAAAGGGUAUGCAGCUGCCCUAGUUGGGUUCACAGAUGGGGUGAGUUAAAAUACACUUCAAAUAUGCUUCUAGUUACUCUAAUUAUUCCUUAUCAUGUUGACCUAUUUUAAAGUGCUCGUCCCUUUAAGAAGUUUAGUUUUUGCUAAUCAUUUAAAGCUACAAACAGGUACAGCUCUACGACUGGCAGCUCUGUUGACAAACGUGGUUUCUGCAGCACUGUGUGCACCAGCUUAGCAGCGUUGAGUACCAGUGAGAGAAAAUGUGAUAACACUGUGGCAUCCCGCACCUUAAGGUCACAUCUGCAGUACGUCACCUACACACCCCUUUAUGGAAACAUAUACUGCACAUGUCUGAAGAACAUGGUGCAUGAAGCUAUGCUCUGUAUGGUGUCCUUGUCUACUGUCAGCCAGUGUCAAUCAGAACUCGGCAUCCCUCCACCAUCUCACCUGCAAACCCUCCGAAACCCAUGGUUUGCUGCAUACAUGCAAAGUGAAUUAAUGUCAGCUGUCCGUUGCCUGACUUUUGUGUGUAUCAGACACCUUACAACUAGGAGGUGCCACUCUGAUUAAAGUGUGUGCAUAGAGAGUGACUGUUGGUUGUUUAUUUAGAUUUGCAUGGACAGAGAGAGGGACUCUGGGGGUUUGAGGAGCUGUUGUGAUGUUUUUCUUGGGUUGUUGCUUUUCUGGCACUCAUAAUAUUACACUCAGGUGAAUAUUGAAAGAAGAAGAAAGAAACGUCUUUACCUCUCUCUCUCUCUCUCUCUCUCUCUCUCUCUCUCUCUCUCUCUCUCUCUCUCUCUCUCUCUCUCUCUCUCUCUCUCUCUCUCAAUUCAAUUUCAAUUUCAAUUUUACAAUUUCUAUAAGCUUUAUUGGCAUGACUGUUUGUACAAUAUUACCAAAGCAUUACAAUAUUAUUACAAUAAUAACAACAAAAACAACAUGAUAACAACAACAACAACAACACAAUAACAAGAACAACACAAUAACACAAUAACAACAACAACAACAACACAAUAACACAAUAACAACAACAACAACACAAUAACACAAUAACAACAACAACAACAUAAUAACAACAACACAAUAACACGAUAACAACACAAUAAGAACACAAUAUGAAAUAUAAAAUAAAUAAAUAGUGUCAGUAGUAUCAUGUUUAUAGAUCAAACUCGGGACAGUCAAACUUAGUAGUCAAAUUCUCUCUCUCUCUCUCUCUCUCUCUCUCUCUCUCUCUCUCUCUCUCUCUGUGAGUGUGUGUCUUCUUUAAUUUCAACUUUCGAUUAUCAUAAGUGUCUGCUUUAAACCUAAACAAGAACACCAUACACCCUAACAAUUAGCUAUGGGUGCAGCUCUCCUACUGAGCAGAGUCUGGCUCCAAAAAUGUCACCAGUGUGCUUAACAUUUUUACAACAAGAGGAGGUGAAAAAACUUAACAGCAUGGAGGAUUUGAAUAUGUUUGAGUAGAGGAAAGUCUCCUCAGCUGGCGCCUACAGAGCCUCUUACUGAUAUGGGAAUCCCUCUCUGAAUGAGACUAAUCAACAUCAUGGCGUCAUGUUGAUUAAAACAACGGCCCACUCAGUCGCAGAUGGCACAAGUCAUCAGAUUGUGUUCACUCACUUUCACAAAGCAACUAUAAUUCCCCCCAUCAGCUGUGAUUGAUGGCUAUAAUCGCCCAGACGCCGUUAUCUCCUCUGCCUCCAUUGUCAAGUGUCGGUGGAAAUUUGUUCUCUUCACUCGUCGACCACAUUCAAUUAAAGUUUGAGAGCAACACAGACCAAUGAGAAAUGCUUUUAUAUGUCCUUGAGGAAGUCAUUUCUUGUGUGCACAUCUCAUCUCCCUCUUUCUCUGCACUGCUGUAAAUUAGCCCACUAGCUGAGCCCUGCUACAGCUUAGCCUGGCUGGAAAGUGUGUGUGAGUGUGUUUUCUCUUGAAUUCUCAGGUAGAGAGAGAGACAGAGAGAGAGGACACCUAGUCAGCACACACACACACAAACACACACACACACAGAGUCACAGAUGGAGAGAAGAGAGCUGUCUUGGAGUGGGCAGCUGCCUCUCCUGCUUCGUCUGUUUGAUAGCCUUUUGCCUCUUCCUGUCUCAGCGUGCAAACACAAACACACUUCACACUCUAGUUCAUACAGGUUGCUUUAGAUUAAGUUGACUACUUUUGUCUUUAAGCUAAGAGGAGGGUGAACUCCAGAGAGGAGAGGGUGUGCUGUCUAAACUGAUCCUCUGUACUCUGAUUGGCUGAUCCACUGUGAGAAGGGAAGCAUGGCUCUGAAUGGAUGGAUCUUAAAAUGUUUAUUUGUUAGUUUUAUGUAGUGUCUAUUUGUGGAUUAUGAUUCAACGUGCUUCUAUUUUAUUACCAGAUUUUAAUCAUUGGAGGUAACACCUGACUCUCAAAUAUUAACCCUGCUACACCUUGGCCUUGUUGCUAGGCAACAUUCAUCUCUUACCUCAUCAUCCAUGCCUUGUUAUAGCCUGCUAUAUUGGUGAAGGGUUCUCUCAUCUCAUUGUGUCUGUGCUGGUGAUUAUGGGAUUAAAACAUGUGAUGGUUGUUUUUGUGGGUGAAAAUGAAGACAUCCCAGGUGCAGGAAACCAAACCUGCUCUGCUGCACAAAGUAAAGCACAGAGUCUGUUUUUCUUUCUGGGACAAUGAUUUAAACUCUACGGAGACUCAUUAUAAAGUGAAAUGCAGACACUUUCACUGUUCCAUGUAGUAAUUUCAGUCAAAUGAGAACAAAAACACCUUCCCAAAGCUCUUGUUUCUGCCUCCCCUCCACAUUGAGAGUGAUAUUGGCAGAUUCGCAUCACGUACGUACUCAAGUGCUGUUUGGCUUGGAUGGGAAAGGGGCACGAGGUGGCAUUUCUAACACAAACACAUGAUCAUGUGCUCAGCCUGCCGCUUCAUUCCUUGUUAGCUCAGCCUGUUGGUAGGGGCAUGAGAACACAGCUCCGGUGCCAGUCUGGCUUCAGCUGUGCUUCUCUACAGGGACAUGACCUCCUGCAGCCAGAUGGAGCCAGCUGCACACACUCACACAGCACACACACAUCACAUUAUGUGCGGCUUUAGCUAAGCAUACAAAGUGGUUUCGCUCAUUUGUUCAGUUUCUAAUGUGUCAGCCUAAUAUUGAAUUUUGUUCUGCCUCUGCCAAUUCUCUGCAUGUCUGUUUCUCCUCUGUCAGAUGUAAAGGCCCAGCCAAGAGAGAGACCGACACCAUGGACACAUUCGUGGACUCUGCUUGGUAUUACUUCAGAUACACAGACCCUCAAAACCAACACAGGUAUGAUCCGCCUCCUCUUAAAAUGUCAAUUUACUGUUUCAAAGCCGCUUUUGAAUCAUUCAAACCACCAAAUUCAAGAUUUUUUUAUUUCUUUUCCUCCUACACCAUUUUUAUCCUCACGCCGGGACAGAUUUUGUGCAGAAACAGGUUUUAUUUACACUCUUGUUUGCUCAAAUUAAAAAGCAAUGAACAGAGAGAAGAAGCAGCACAAGUGUCUAAAACAGUGGGUGGAUAAGCAAAUCUGUCUGUUUUUAGAUCUUUAAAAAAGACGCAUUUUCCUCUGUGUAAUCUGCGCUACAGCGUGCUAAAAGAUGCUUUAUUUCACACGUACUCUGGUCUGUAUGUGCUGCAGGAAAGUUACACUCAAACAUAUAAUUAUGCUGCUCUCUGCAAUAUCACCCACUCUCUUCCACUUAACCGUUUCAAACAUGUAUAAAAUGCCUGUGUGCACCCUCUUCAUACACACACACACACUUGCCUUCGAAGUUGCACAUUUCUAGCCGAGAGAUUAUGGAGCUAUGGUCAUCACCUGCUGGGAUGGUGGCGAUAGCCUGAGCCUUACAAAAGAGAUUAAUUUCCCAGUGGCCUGACCUCACUGUAAAGCUGCUUUAUAAGAAAGCAGGACUGCUCUUCCCAUCACUUUUCUUAGCCAGACAGAUUAUGGCACAACAGAAAAAGCAAUUAUGCUAUUUGUGCAUUUCAGUUAGCUUGCUGAGCCCUGCCUGUGUGUGGAUAGGGGGGGAGAAAUGAUGAAAAAAUGGAGGGAGAAGUUGUUAAAAGUAGGAAGUAAGAGGGAUGAAAUAAGAGGAGGAUGUUAAAUGGAAAAGUGUGUGUGGCGAUGUAUUGCAGCACCCUGGCCUGAUGCCAACAAACAGGCAAAUGUAUUUUUUGGGCCUUCUGAGUCCAUAACACUUUUCCCCCCGGUUCGAUUAUCCCAGGGAGACACCAUCAUCCAGGAGAGGCAGACAGGUGUAAAGAAGAGUAAUGACUGUGAAAGGUGACACACAGAGAUAGCGGGCUGUCCUGAAAAGCAUCAUUAGGUGGAAUCCCGGUGUCUGCUGACCAUCCUGCUGGUCAGGCUAAACACAUGCAGCUCCAUUGCUCCAUUCUGAAAGACACAGCCCAGUCAGGUCAUCUCAGAUAGACUUACCUCCACUACAGCUGUUCACGUGUAGAGCAGAGUUUAGAGAGAGUCUUAAGGAACAGGCAGGGCCUCUUUAGGUUUUUUUUUGUUUUGCUUUUUGUUUUUUUUGUGAAGCCAAAGGGAUGGAGAAACAACUGAGGGUUUUAGUUUCCUUGUUCUGUGAACCAGAUUCUGUCUGCCCCCUAGAGGACAUGUGUGAAUAUGUUUAUAAAACACUGUCAGGUGUCUGAAAGCUCUAUUACAUACUGUAUAUUGUUUACAGACAAAUGUCCAUUUAGCUAUUGAACCCAAACAACAUACAAAUACAACCUAUUUUUUACUAUUUUACUUUCAAAAUAAAUGUAGGCAUACCUUUUUUUAUUUGAAAACCUGUGCUAAAUAUUCUAGCAUCUUAGUGAUAACAAUGUCCAGAAUAACUGAGCAAAACCUCCAAAUAUAUGAAAUUAAAAAAGAAACAAGAUCUAAAAAAGGCUUUAAGUUUAAAAAUAACAUUAACUUCAGGAGGAGAGAGAUGCACUCCGCACAUUUGGGCAUAAUGCACAAAUAACUACAACACCAUAAAUAUCUUUUAGUACAAAUUCAAUCCUAACCUCAUAUUCUCUUCCUCUUUUUCAACAGACCUUUUGAGCGCCGCCUUGCUGAUCACUGGCUCCCCGUGGAUGUGUAUAUCGGAGGCAAAGAGCACGCUGUCAUGCACUUAUACUAUGCCCGCUUCCUGUGUCACUUCUGCCAAGAUCAGGAACUCGUUGCCCACAGGUACAGCUCACAGUGUUUAUGACCUAUUCCUUUUGUGCACAAUCUAUCUGCGCAUGCACGUAUGCAAAUUAAUCCUCCUUUUUGUCUGAUAGGGAGCCUUUCAGAAAGCUGCUAGUCCAGGGUCUGAUCAAAGGCCAGACUUUCAAACUUGCAGACAGCGGCCAGUACCUGAAGAAAGAAGAGAUACACUUCACAGGUACACACUACAUGGAUAUGCCGGGUGUUUGUGAGUUUGACAUGUGUGUAACAGAUGGGACAGGAGAGGGUUUUGCUCCAUGUUUUGAAUCAUGAGACCGUUUCCUUUUAUUUUAAAUGCUUUGUGACCAUAUGUGAUCCCUGUAGUGCUGCUGGUAUCAUUCCCUCUCUGCUUUGAGACUGAUGUGUUCUCCUCAUUUAAUACCAUUUACUGCAAACUCAUGUUCAAUUACAAAGACGUCCUUUUGAAGAGAGGUAAAACUGGCUUCACUCCAAAGCAUUCCAAGCUUUUCUCUGUUUAUUCAUUAAAUGAAAGGCUGUUGGGUCCCAAAGAAAGUUUCAUCUUGACCUUGGUGAUAAACUCUCACUGAAGACUUACAAGCUUAUCUUUUCUUUGCUUGUGUUUACAAGAGCCGACAGCAAACAGUAAGACUGCAUACAAGUCAUUAAUUUUGUGGGAUUUGAGUAAAGUUCUUGUGACUUUGUCCAACCAACACUGAUCUCUGACUCCUGCCUCUUCCAGAUAAGGAGCCAGUGGCACGUGGUGGGGGUCGGGUUGAGGUGACGUGGGAGAAGAUGAGUAAGUCUAAACACAACGGUCUGGACCCACAGGAGGUGGUACAGCAGUACGGCGUGGACACAGUGAGACUUUACAUCCUUUAUGCAGCGCCACCUGAGCAGGACAUCCUCUGGAAUGUGAAGAGUGAGCUUUUUCAUUCAACAUUUAAAAUUAGAAAGAUGCUUGAUGAUGAAUAGUUUCCAAUCAUCCAUUUAUGUAUUUUUGGAAGCUGAUGUUACAAUAUCAGAUUUUUCCUUUGUGUCUUUGUUUUCACCACCUCAGCGGACGCUCUCCCUGGAGUCCUGCGGUGGCAGUCCCGGCUCUGGCAGCUAGUGACCAAGCUGAGAGGGACUCGUGAGCUCGGAGAUACACCCGACCGCUCUGUGCUGAAAAAGAAAGAGCUGACAGAGGCCAAGAAGAUCUGGGAGAAUAAGAACUACACUAUUCAAGAGGUAGCAGCCCAACAGCCCAGGACUGGUUUUGAUGUAGUAGCUGACAUUAUUCAACUCUCAGAUAUUGUUUCUACCAGUAGGGGUCAGUAGGUGGCACACAUCUAAAAACCUGAGUUUUCUUUGAAAGUUAGUGUUCGUCUUUCUUAAUUAAGAUAAUUCACAUUAUAGCUUCUGUCACCUUGUAUCAGUUCAGAUUUGAUUACCAAUCAUCGGUAUUCAUAUUGUAUUUUUAUCCUCUUAAUCCCUUGUACUUUUAGAAAUCAAGGUAAAGAGCCUUUUAUUCAUUUACAAGAUGCUGCAUUAUAACUGUAAGGUAAUUUUGGCUUAUUACACAGUCCUGAGGUUUAGCCUUUUCAGCCAUCGUAAUGUGAAACCCUUAGAGCAAAGAGUGAAGGAGAGGGAGGCGAUGGAAAUUGAUUUCAAAUCCACUCUGGCUCCUUUCACACUUUAUAAAUAGCCUCCUUUUGCUGCCAGGUUUGAUUCUCUCCCCUCCCUUUGGAGCGGGUGCUUUUAAAGGACCUCAGGCUGUUUGCCAAAGGCCCCCAGAGUCGAGGCUGUUCUUUGAUCCGUCCCUCAGAAAAAGCCUCGGUGUUCAACCUCCUCCUCUCUUGGGCCCUUCCCAAAUGAGUUCCUCUUCCCAGAAGGCUAAGCAGGGGGAUGUUGACUCUGUAUCUUCAGUUAGUUCACACACUGAUAACAGGAAAGGGCUUGUUAUUGUUUUCUAAUAAUUCUUCAAGAAAAGUACUUCCAGAGCUUGUUCCUCAGAUCAUGUCAUCUUUAAUGGCUACCUUUUUUUGUUGUUCCUUUCAGGUGACAUCUCACUUCACGGAGGACUUCCUUUUUAACACAGCCAUUUCUCGCCUGAUGGGACUCACCAACACACUGACUGUGAGCGUUUUCCCCUUGGGGCACAUGGAAAUAAAAAUGUCACAGUAAUUGCUUAACACCUUGAUAUUUCUACUUCUCCCCCUUUUUUUCAUGCUCAGGGUGCAACAGUCAGGGUUAUGCAGCACAGUGUGGAAUUUGAGGAAGCUCUGGCUGCACUCAUCAUGAUGACAGCUCCCAUGGCCCCUCACCUGGCCUCUGAAGUUUGGGCAGGUUAGUGACAUGGGAUUUAAUCCCAAAAAAUUUACACAAAUAGCUCUGCAAAACUGGAAAUUGAACUAAGCAUGUGUUGUUAGUUUAUUACAGUUUUUUUUUCCUUUAUAAGUCUAGAAAAAUAAUGACAAAUGAUAUUAUAGACUAGAGGUUAUGGUACCCCCCCCCCCCAAAAAAAAAAAUAAAUAAAUAAAUAAAUAAAUAACUUUAUUCCUAUCAUAUCUCUGCAGGGAUGCUUGUAGUUUUUUGAUAUGAAACUUAAAAUUGUCCCUCAAGUAUAAAAUCAAUAAGUGACAUUUUAGAUGCAGCACAGGAGUUUAUGGUGUCCUUCAUGGGUUUGCACAGCUAGUUUUUAAUCAAAUAAGGGACAAUAAUCAGAAUUAGCUGUUGAGACUUAAAAAAACUGCAGAAAAGAGGGAAGACAAAUAAAUUGUACACACAGCCUAAAAUGUGAAUAUGUUUUGAACAUUUCAAUCACUCCCUCUCUCUUUAAGGUGCAAAAGUGGAGUGAGCGCACCUUGUUUUUUUAUUUUUACAGGGCUAAAGUUUGGUCACACCAGACAUGGAUGGCACAAAAUCAUGUUGUUCCUCCUUCAUUUCUGUGUUUUGAAGAAUUUCACCCCUUUUUUGCACCUGGCAAAAAAGUGCAAAGGCUAUCACUUUUUGUAAAUGUCUUUUGAGCUGCUGUUUAAGAAUAGAGUAUGUGAGGUCUGUGGUGAAAUGAGGCCCCAUCUAAAUGUUGUAAGAGGAAGUUGCUACAGAUAAACGUAAUGUUGAUGCUCCUCAUCUUAUCCCAGAAAACACCCAGGACUGAUGUAAUCACCAGCCAACAUGUCAGUAAAAACACCUCUUUUUUUUCCCUUUUUUGCCUGUGUAACAAGAAUAAGAAACGGGACAUAAAGUUCACACACUGUCUGUGGAUGGACGCACUUGUAACAGCUCUUAGCUAAGCGUAAAAAAAACAAUGCAAAGGGAGAUCUCAGUUGCCUUUCGUGCCUUGCCUGAAGUGCUUGCCCCCGCACUGCCCUGAUGGAGGACAUCCUUUUAUUGUCGAUGACACACGUACGCCAGAGUUCUGCUCACAGCUGAGAGAAAAGAGGUCCCCCUGAAACAUAUUGUCCAGCUGAUAGCUGCAGGAAAGGCUGAUGCAUUAUCACCAGCAGGAAAAGGUGCGUGUGUGCGUGUGUGUGUGCGUGCGUGCGUGUGUGUUUUAAUGAAUGUCUGUGAGUGUUUGUUUUGAUUAUAUUCACAUGUGUGGAUUUUUUUUAGACAGGGCUUCUAAGUCAGAGAGGAACUUGUGACCUGUGCUGUAUUCAGUCACGUUAUGCUUUUCACUAUCCCUCACACACACACACACACACGCACGCACACACACACACACACACACACACACACACACACACACACACACACACACACACUUGCGUACAGAAGAGGAAGUUCACAUCCUUCCCUCGUGCCUCUGGGGGAGGCACACUCAUGGGUCUAAAUGUGGUGAGGGUGGGGUUUUAUUUGACCCUUCACUGUAAACAAAAAAAUGAAAACAAAUAUUAAAAGAAAUCUAUAAAAAGUAAGAAAUAAUGUUUGAAAAUUUUUGAAAUUCUCUGGUUAUCUCAAAAGUAUUUUCUUUUUUCUUUCCUUUAUAUUUCGCGUCCUGCCCUUUCAGCUGAGUUGCGUAACAGCUGUUAAAACCUCAGUAAGGACAGCAUGUCUGAUGAGCAGCUGCUGCUGUUUGAUCUGUUGUCGUCCUGAGUUUCCUCUCUGGUUUCUCUCUUAGGUCUUUGCCAGGUGCAGAACCCCCUCAGCCCUCUUCUCCAGCGGGGAGGAGACGUCCUGCAGCAGCCUUGGCCAACAGUGGACCCUGAAUACCUGGAUGCCCCUGACUUUGUGGAGCUGUCUGUACUGGUAAGACCCCACAGACACGCACGUUUUUCCUUUGAUAGUUUUCAUCUGUUGUGUUGAUUUCUGCCACAGUUGUGCUCAUAAAACUUUUUAAAAUAGAAUGAACCGGAUGAACAAAAUGGAAAAACACUGUCAUUAAGCUCAAGACAAAGCUUUUCUAUUCUGAAUUGCCUUUAACAUAUCAGGCUUUCAUCCAGCUGCAGCCCUCUGCUCAUAAUGCAUACACAACUGUUAUUAAUGCACAUUUUCACACACUUUUGGUCCUGAAUCCACUUGCAUUUUCUCUGAAGUACCCAACUCUUUUAAACCAACGUCUUAGGUCCAUGAUUACACUCAAAGUCUGUAAUUUCAGAGAGAGCCUAUGAUUACCCAAUGUGUGUGUGUGCAUGUGUGUGUUUAUGAGUCUGCAUGUCAAGUGCUGCUCUUGAUGCUAAAUACACAAAUGAGUCAAUAAUUAAAAGCCAAGAACAGAAAGUCGGUAUUAUUCCUGACUGCCUUACCAACAUUUUUGUGGGUCUUUGUUUUUUUGCUCAUGAGCUCAGUCACACAAAUAGUGAAAGCCCUCUGCUUUGCAGCGUGUGUCAUCAUGAGGAAUGAAAGUGUGUAUGCAUAUGCAUAUGUGUGUGUGUGUGUGUGUGUGUGUGUGUGUGUGUGUGUGUGUGUGUGUGUGUGUGCGUGUGCGCGAGACAGAGACAGCACUUUCAAAGGUUUACGUACAAUCAGAGAGAAUAUCCAGCUGUGAAGUGAUCCCGGCAUUUCAAAUACUAGUACAGUUUGCGCAGGAACACACAUGCUCACACUAACACACGUCAGCUUUCAGACUCAUUUAGAAGAUAAAAGCUUCAACUGCAUUAAUCUGACUGUUUUCCAAUGAGAGGGUCGUAUCCCUAGAAAGUUCCAGCUAAUCCCCUCACACUGACACACAAACACACACGCAUGAUGUGUGAGGACAGCAAAGGCAGCCAGGUGACAGGCAGCACCUGUCUUUGGUGUGUUGAAUUUUUCCUCUGUACUCUGACAGAGAGGCAAGAAACCACAAGACAAGAAACCUGAAGUGUGUGAUGUGUGUGCCGGGUUUGUAGUGCUAUCUUUGAGAGGACCUGUUUCAACUUUCCUCUUUGUUCACCACUUCAAAGGAAAGUUCGAAGGCAAAGGUUAGAGUUAGGUUGUGGUUAGCAUUUGGAUUGGGAUGCAUUACAUCAAUCAGGGCCUUAGCAUGUAAACAGAGUCAAAAGUCUGUACGUGUACAACUCUGGUUUAUCUGCACUCCUAGAACAAAACUGUCAUUUUCUGUCAUUGUUAUGGAGCUGUUAAAGAAUUUAUUUUUUAGAAGUGUGAUUAUUUGAUUCAUUUCAAUAUAGAUAAUUGAGAUUUUAACAACUUAUACAGGUAAACGGGGAUCUCCAUGCCAAAUAACUUACCCAGAGUAGAAGGAACAUGAGUGCGAAAAACAACAACAACAAAAAAAAAAAACAUGACAUUCACACUGAAAUCACUUUACUGUGAUUUUAUUGUGUGUCAAGUUUUCCUUCAAUAGGUGAUAUGUAGUAUUUUAAAGCACAGUGGCAGUUGGAAGAUGCUAUGAUGGUUUAACUACAGUGUGUGUAAAGGUCUUAAAAACACAGUAUUUUUUUUUUAAUCGUUUAAUUGCUAUGGGAUCAUAUUUACUUAAAGAAGAAAACACACUUUGUUUUCUAAAUUAACAAAGCAAUCAUCUCAGAAUUAUUAGAAAUUUUUACACUCAAACAUUUUUUCUCUCUUUUAAACACAAACAUCAUAAUCUUGCAAGAAUCCUGAUCCAUCUUCCCUCAAACACUCACAAAUACCUACAUGAAGUCAUAAUUCAGCUCCUGGUGUUCACUGAUGAUGAUAAUGAUGAUGUUGGAUUUCCUUCAAUCUGCGCUCGCUCUCUAUUGUGGGCUUCCUCGGCCUUGUGGAGGCAACCUCUCUGCUUCUGUCGUCCUUCUAAUCACAUAGCAGGGUUUGUUCCUGAAGGAGGCCAGAGAUGAGUGGCCUCAAACACACAUGCACAAAUACGCACAAAUACACACAGCGCUCUCCAAAUGAACACCAUUAAUUUCUGUCUGCUUUCAGAAACAUGAUCACAUUGAGCGUGUGCACACAUACACUUGCCUCUAAACAUUACAAGACUGAAAGCCCUUCCCAUACCUACCACUAACUAUGUGUUUAGAGGGUUCACUGUACUUGUGGAAAGAGAGGUGGAGUCUUUUAUUUUGGGUGUGUUUGCCAGUAAGAAAAAAAGUUUGAGUACAGCUUGCCAGGGCAUGGUGGAGUCUUGGUAAAAUGGGAAAAUCAGUAAACAACAGUAACUGGCAUUCAGUCUAUUUCUUGCUUCAUUCUUACCCUCAGAUCAACAACAGGCUGUGUGGGACAGUGACUGUGCCUCUGGAGGUGUCCAAAGACUCGGAGCUGGUGCAAAAGCUGGUCUUGGAGAGCGCACUGGGACAGGAGCAUCUUGGGGAUCGCAGCAUCAAGAGAGCAAUCCUCUCGCCAAGGACUGCCCUCAUUAACUUUCUCACUAAUGAGUGAUGUUUGUGCACUUACAUCUGUUAGAUAAGUACAGUCACUCAGCAGGCAGGGGGAAACAAAAGAGAUAGACAUUAUAACACCAUGAUGAAGUUUUUUACAUAAACUGUCACUGUAAAUAUGCCCAAACAGGUUUAAUUUAUAUUUUCCUGCUUUUUUAAUAAAAGAAAAUUUAAAAGUAAUGGAUUUCUUUGCUCUUUUGGAAGAGACACUGAGUAGUUUCACAUAUUUUGUUUCACUCUUGUUCAUCACGACGGCUUCACACCUCUCCUCUCUGCAGUAUUCCUGUCUGCUCAGUGUCCCUGCUUUGUUACACUGUCUUGAUUUGCCUCAUCAGUGUUUGUUUCAAACUGCUGCUGCUGUUUUUAGCCACUCGCCUCCUCUGAACACCAUACACAAGCUGCUGUUUGGCUUCUGGACAUUCAGCUGGGCUCUGUGAACUGUGCAGCCUCAAGGUCCGUUUGAAGUCAAUGAAGAGUCCGAUGUGGUCUGGGAUUUUUUUAUUUUUUUUUUCAGCUUGCUUCCAUUCAGUUCAGUCCACUGCUGCCCAUUCAUCAGUUUAGUUUCUCUGUCUCAGCACUGGGUCAACAUGACUCACCAGCAGAGCAGAGCUGUGCUGGCAGAGCACACGCCCCAUCAGCACUGAAAUGUAUCCAUGUGUAUACCCACCUGCCUAUCUAAAAAGACCGGGUGAGUAAGCAGUUAUUUGAUAUGUGAACACACUCAGUCCCCACAUGACCUUUGAACACGCUUGUCUUAAAGAAAACUGUCACAAUUUGUGGUAAAUGUUCAAUGAAGGAAUCGGAUCUCUUUAAGGAUUCAUGUUUAUCA